AUGUCAAUACUUCCUAUCCCUCGUCUUGCUGAUUUAAAGUAUGAUAAUUGGAGUAUUCAAAUGAGUGUCUUACUGGAGAGUGAAGGCUUGUGGGAUAUUGUUGAAAGAGGCUAUAAAGCACCUCAAGAAGGAGUCAACCAAACGGAGGCACAAAGGACGACAAUGGCGGAACAAAAGAGAAAAGAUAAGAAAGCUCUUUUCGUUAUCUAUAAAACUUUUGAUGAAGCUACUUUUGAGAAAGUAGCCGAAGAUACAACUUCCAAAAAGGCAUGGGAGAUCUUACAAAUAGCAUACAAAGGUGAUGAAAGAGCAAAAAAUAUUCACCUUCAAAUCUUGAGAGCGGAAUUUGAAUCAUUGGAGAUGAAAGAGUCUGAAAAUGUAUCAGACUACUUUACAAGAGUAUUGGUUAUUGUCAACCAAUUGAAAAGAAAUGGUGAUGACAUUGAAGAUAGUCGCAUCGUAGAGAAAAUUCUACGCUUGUUGGAGCCAAGGUAUGACUAUGUAAUUGCGGACAUAGAAGAAUCAAAAGAUAUGAAAGAAAUGAAGGUGCAAGAACUAUUAAGCUCUCUACAAGCUCAUGAAGCAAGAAUGCAAAGAAGACGGAGAGAGCCUAUGGAGCAAGCUCUACAAACCAAGCUCACGAUUAUUGACCGGAAAGAAGAGUCAAAGACCGAAGAUUCGCAAGAAAACGACGAUGGUCAUGGUGACUUCCGUGAACGUGGUCGAGGUAGAGGCCGUGGCAGGGUCUCUGCUCGAAGUUGA